AAAGGCCUCUCGAGGAGUGAAAGAACGCAGCGUGAACUCUUAUUUGGUGCAAAUCUAAUCGACAUCAAAGGAAAAUCUAUUCAGAGACUACUUGUGGAGGAGAACAUCGCGAGGAUGCGAGAAAUGGCACGUUAUUCCUGUUCCGUCAAGCUCAUAAGCAGAGAUUCCACUUCGGUCGUCGAUUCGGACAUACUGGUGCCCGGCGAUAUCAUUAACCUCUCUGAUCCGAUCAUGUCCACCUUUCCCUGUGAUGUUCUGUUAUUGGUCGGCGAUGCGAUCGUGAAUGAGAGCAUGUUGACUGGUGAAAGUGUGCCCAUCAGCAAGAGUCCAGUCAAGAGUGAAGAUCUAAUGAAAUGGCGGCAAACUGGGGAGGUCACUUCGGAAAUCGCUAAAAGUAUGCUUUACGCUGGAACCAAGGUUGUUCGAAUUAGAGGCCCUGCCCAAACCAGCGCCAAAACGCCUGCCUUAGGCUAUGUCGUCCGUACAGGGUUCAAUACCACCAAAGGGGCCCUUGUCCGAUCCAUGUU